AUGAGCCUUCCAUCCCUCAAAAAAUAUCACAAGGGACCCUACCCUGCCAUCUCGCCAACCCUUCCACAACUGGUCCAAUCCGGAAAGACCGUCAUUGUCUCCGGCGGUAGUUCCGGCAUUGGCUAUGCCAUCGCACGCUCCUUCGUGGCAGCCGGCGCUGCACGGGUCAUCGUCCUUGGACGGCGUCAAAAGGUAGUCGAGUCUGCCGCGACAACCCUCAACAAGGAAGCCGGUCGGCAAGCCGCUGAGGGCAGAGCGGUCGAUGCCUACAGCCUCCCUGCCAUCGAAGCGCUCUGGUCCAGCUUGCAUGCUCAGGGCAUCUAUGUUCAUGUUCUGGUAUUGAGCGCAGCAGCCUUCGGUAGCAAGUCUCCCAUUCUGGCCAACACGGUUGAGGAUACCUGGAAGGAUUUCGAAGCCAACGUGCGUGCUCCGUUGGCCAUGACUGUUGUUUUCUCGAACCAGAAGACGGGUAAUGAGAGACGGUUCCUCGUCAACAUCUCAAGCAUUGCGGCCUACAUGUGGUCGACCAUGGGCCCGGAUCGCCCGACAUACGGCCUUACCAAGAAUGCCGGCACAGCCCUCUUCCAGCAGAUCGCCAAGGACACAGAUCCCAACAACAUGCAGGUUGUUAGCUUCCAUCCCGGAGGGGUCCUUACCGAGUCGGCACGCACGGAGGGCUAUGCUGAAAGUGGCUUUGAUUUCGAUGACGAGAACCUUUCCGGCAACUUUGCCGUGUGGGCUGCAAGCCCCGAGGCUACCUUUUUACAUGGACGGUUCGUCUGGGCCAACUGGGACGUGUUGGAGAUGAAGGAUAUCAUUGGGCCGCGUGUUAAGGAGGACGAGCAUUUCCUGAAAGUGGGCAUCGAAGGUCUCUCGGAGAAGAAUGGUGGUGCGAGGUUUUAGACUGGUUUGAAUUUGGUGCAUGGAUAUGGACCGGCCCAUAUAGGUUCUUGGAUAUUUUAGACUGCAUCGUGAUAUAUCUCUCCUUUGAUAUAUUGAUAAUCCAG